AUGGCAACACCCACCUUCGCCAACCCAGGCAAGACAGUCAUCAAGCCCAUCAGUCUCGCCCACGACGAAAAGCACCACCGCAUCGCCAUCGCCGGCCUGCCUGGCAGUGUUCCCAAAGAUCCAAACGCAGCUGGCCUCUUCCACUUCGCAUUCAUAUUCAACUCGCUCACGGACCUUGCCCUUGCAUACCGUCAACGUCUCGCCCAUGGCUUAGAGCCAUAUUGGUGCGUUAACCAUGGUCCGACGACGAGUAUCUACUAUCACGAUCCGGAUGGAAAUGAUAUCGAGACCCAGGUUGACAAUUUCAAUACGAUUGAGGAGGCGAAUGAGUUUCUCAAGAGUCCGUUCUUUGCAGAGAAUCCGAUAGGGAGGAACUUUGAUCCAGAGGAGCUGAUUAGGAGGUUGGAGGCGGGUUAUCAAGACGAGGGUUGA